UUCAAGAAGUUUGUCGAAGAAUCCAGAGUUUUAAACUUUUAAAUGUUUAGCUACCAUUAAUUUAUAAUGAAAUCAUGAAUAAUAUACAAAAUUUGAUCGAUCGUGAACUCGGUCUCCAUUGCCGGUUUAAUUACGAUACGGUACUGAAGCGGCUAGUGGUGAACAGCGAGGAAUCGUUUUAUGGGCUCCAAUCCUCAAAUGUUGUAGCAAAUUUUGAACAGGAUCCUCCGAUAUUCGCUUGUAGAUUUGCUGAAACAUCUGGCUAUGAACACAUACUGGCUCUUGCUAACGAAGAUGGAAAGGUUGCUAUUCAGGACACAUCCACGCAAAAGACAGCAAGUAGAUUGGAAGCAUUCCAAUGUCACAAUAAUGCUGUAUUUGACCUUGCUUGGAUGCCCAAAAACAUGAAUUUUAUAACUGUUUCAGGAGACCACACGGCUUGUCUGUGGGAUGCAGCAGAAGGUUCACCUAAAAGAGUUCUCGUGUUCUCGAGCCACACGAAGUCUGUUAAAAUUGCCGUAUUUCGGCCCAUGGAGCCGUCGGUGUUCGCCACCGGCGCGAGAGACGGCCACAUCCUCAUUUGGGACAUCCGCGCCUGCAACCAACCCACGCUGGUUUUAAAGCCAGACAACUGCCUCAUGAACUGCCACUCUAACUUCGCGCCGAAGACUCCCUCCUCGCACGGCAAGCGACCCCGCAUCGACGGCCACCGCGCCGUCAGCAUCACCGGGCUCGUGUUCCAGGACGACGACACGCUGCUGUCCUGCGGCGAGUGCGACGGGAACAUCAAGGCGUGGGACCUGCGCAAGAACUACAACGUGUACAAGCGGGAGCCGCUCCCCAAGCACUCCAUUCCCUACUGCGGCAGCUCCGCCAGGAACGGCUACAGCAACCUCGUCAUAGACCACUCCGGCGUGCGCCUCUACGCCAGCUGCAUGGACGACGUCAUCUACUGCUUCAACCUCGCGGCCUACAACCCGCUGCCCGAGCGCCGCUACGUCGGCCACCACAACGGGACCUUCUACGUCAAGAGCGGGCUCAGCGCCGACGGGGCCUACCUCGUCAGCGGCAGCAGCGACAAGUACGCCUACCUCUGGAACGUCAAGUGGAGCGAGCCCCUGCUGCGCCUCAGCGGACACCGCGCCGAGGUCACCUGCGCCGCGCUGUGCCGCCGCGCGCGCGGACCCCUGCUCGUCACCGCCGGGGACGACGCGCGGCACCUGCUGUGGAGGCUGCACGCCGCGCCCCGNGCCGCGCCCCGCCCGCGCCGCUCGACGCCACGCCGCGCGCCGCCAAGCGCCGCCACCACCCGCCCGCGCGCUCCAAGCGCUGCCUCGCCGACCUCAUGCCCGACGACUCCGAGCCGACUGCGAAGCGACCCAGGCCUGACGCAGCCCGCCGUGGCCAAGCGCCCACACAACAGCGAACCUGAACCCCCGAUUCCAAGCAAGUAUCCACGGAUUGAAGAGACGACGUCAACGUGGGGAGAAGCCGCCGAGAGCAGGGGUCUAACGACACCCACCAAGAAUUACGAGAAAAGAAGUUACAAAACCCGAUCCCCCAAGAGUCCCAAGCCGAUCUCUCCAUCAUCAGUCUGCCGGUCCCCAGUAAAAGCGUCCCCAACGAAGAUCAAAAUACUAACGUUCACAACGCCGACAAAGAACCUGCCAAAUUUCGUACUCAACGGUGAAGCCCCGCAUCUCAGGCUGAUGUCGCCCGCCAAGAAGAAACCGGGAACUACAGAUUGGCUGACGAAGCUUCGAGAACAAAAAGAGAAAGUGGAACCGGGGGAGGGAGCGCCGGUGCCGCUGAGCCCGAGGGAGCCGCCGCCGCGGAGGAACUCCGGCGCGGAGAGGACGCCCAAAUCUGCUAAACGAAGCCGAACAAUCCUGACAUAUUUCACGAGCGUCGCAAAAAAUAAAUAAUUUAUGUUAUUAUAGUGCCAAAUGGAUGUUAGACCUGGUGAAACUGGAAAGGCCUCCGGGCCACCAGUAAUCGCUCAAACAUAAAAAAGGGUGUUAGACUCCAUCCGUAACAACAUAACCAAGUUUGUUUGACCGAAAUUUUGAAGUUACUAAUUACAAUAUAAAACUGUCUCUCGCUACUCGGGUAACACUAUGAGUAUUCAUUAGUUGUGGCUAUCACUUUUUAGUUUAUAAGUAUUUUAAAUAGUUUGGCUGUUUUGUGAGAUUUCUUUUGCACUCAUAAAGGCAAAUGAGAACUUUAUUUCUGAUAAAAAUAAAGGAAAUAUCGACUGAUAAGUUAAGUAUUUAAUUUAAAAAUGUUUGCUUGCAUUUUAAUAUUGCAUGUUAAAACUAUAGAAUUGCACAAAAAAUGUGCAGGAAUGAGUCCUGGGUAGUCAGCUGUCGCCGACAGAAUCAGUGAUGAUCUUUUAAUUGGGAAUGAAAUUAUUUGUUGAUUCUGAUUGGACAUGUCUCACGAAGGUAUAGUCAUCAUCAUAUUUUUAGUCUUUCAAUUUCUUUCCUUUUAAAUUUAGCAAGUGGUAACCGUAAAAGUUAUCUUAUUCUUCGUAUAAGUUAUCUUAAUAUUCUUAAUUUUAAUACACAGUGAGAAUGUCCAGUCACGCACGUUCCUCAAUGUGCUAACGAUUAUCCAUAAGUUAGUGUAAGACGUAUUGUGAUGACAGUAAAGUGCUAUU